AUGGGCGUGGAGGAGGAAUGUACAUUACAUCCCAUGACCGACGCAAUCAUAAACCUCACUGCUGGGGCAGCAGGGGGUGUUGCGUGUGUGCUGAGCGGUCAGCCCUUCGACACGGUCAAGGUGAAGAUGCAGACAUUCCCCAGCCUGUACUGUGGCUUCUUGGACUGUUCCCUGAAGACAUACCGCCACGACGGGCUUCGGGGGCUCUACCAGGGGAGUGUGCCUGCUCUUCUGGCCAACGUGGCAGAGAACACUGUGCUCUUCGCCUGCUACGGGACCUGCCAGCAGCUCACCAGGAGAGUCUUUGGGCUGGAAAAAGGGUCUCACCUCAGUGACCUGCAGAAUGCCCUGUCCGGGUCCCUGGCGUCUGUCUUCUCUUCGCUGGUUUUGUGUCCCACAGAGCUGGUGACGUGUCGCAUGCUGGCCGUGCAUGAGAUGAGGAUGGUGGGAAAGACCUCCCUUGCGUUACACAUUUCCACCUGGUCAGUGGUGAGGGACAUAUUGAAGACAGAUGGUCCUCAAGGCCUCUUCCAGGGAAUGACCAGCACCUGGCUCAGAGAGGUGCCUGCAUACUUCCUCUUCGUUGGGGGCUACGAGAUCAGCAGAACCCUCUUUACAAAGCCUGGCCAGUCCAAGGAUGCUGUCCCGCUGUUAAUCAGUGGAGGAGUUGGUGGGGCCGCCUUUUGGUUGGCAGUGUACCCCAUUGAUUCAGUCAAAUCCAGAAUCCAGGUUCUAUCUAUGUCAGGCAAGCAGGCUGGGUUUAUCAGACCACUGCUCUGUAUCAUGAGGACAGAAGGCGUUCCUGCUCUGUAUUGUGGUCUAACCCCUACCGUCCUGCAGGCCUUCCCCUCCAACGGAGCUCUAUUCCUGGCUUACGAGUGGACCAGAAGAACCCUCCUCAACCACACAUCUACAGCCUGAGUUUGCAGGGCUGGAGCUAGAGGUUUGUGAAUUCAAAUACCCCAAAAUUCAUCAACAUCUACAGUAUAAACCAGAAGACUGAAAGUUUUAAA